AGAAAGAAAGCAACAGGGUCAACAAGCUGGUCUCUUCUCUCUUUCUAUGAUUCUACCUAACAAUUCUAGAUGUAUGAAAUAUGAAUAAAACCAGCACCCCAAAUGCUUUCAAGACUCUGCCAAUCCUGUGAGUGAAGAAUGGGAAGCAUUACUGGCUUCCUCUGUCACAAUGUCUUGUGCUUCUCUUUCCUCACUCUCUUCCCAAUCAUUGUCAUCUCUGGAGACACCAUAACUGCAACUCAGUCCAUCACCAAUGGCCAAACCCUGGUGUCUGCCGGCGGGGAAUUUGAGCUGGGGUUCUUUUCUCCCGGAGAUUCAAAGUGGUACGUGGGGAUAUGGUACAAAAACAUUCCUAAAGAAAGAGUUGUCUGGGUCGCAAACAGAGACAACCCAAUUUUGACAAACUCCUCUGGGUCAGUUGUGAAGAUUGGAGACCGUGGAAAUAUUGUGAUUGUGGAUGAAGAUUUGCAUGUUUUCUGGUCUUCGAAUGAAUCCACGGCAGUUAAUCCAGUUGCGCAGCUGUUGGACACAGGGAAUUUGGUGGUUCGGGAGAACAAAGAUGCAGAUCCCGAAAACUAUCUUUGGCAGAGCUUUGAUUAUCUUACUGAUACUUUGCUGCCCGGAAUGAAGCUAGGAUGGGACCAGAAAACGGGUUCGAAUCGGUACUUGACGUCGUGGAAAAGCAAGGAAGAUCCGUCCUCUGGAGAUUAUUCUUUCAGGCUAGAUCCUCGAGGUUUCCCUGAGAUUUUCAUAUGGAACAAACAGGAAAAGAAGUACCGUAGUGGGCCAUGGAAUGGAGUUAGAUUCAGCGGCGUCCCGGAGAUGAAAUCCUCCUCUGUCUUCGCCUUCGAUUUCGAGUGGAAUCAGGAUGGGGCAUACUACUCGUAUGAGCUCACAAACAAAUCCAUAACCUCCCGUUUGAUGGUGAGCUCAGCCGGCAGCCUCCAACGCUAUACUUGGAUCGAAACCAGCCAGUAUUGGAACCUCUACUGGUUCGCUCCCAAAGAUCAGUGCGACGACUACAGAGAAUGCGGCCCGUACGGAAUCUGUGACACCAAUUCCUCCCCGGUUUGCAAGUGCCCACGAGGGUUCGAGCCCAAGAAUCCACAGGCGUGGAACCUCAGAGAUGGUUCCGAUGGUUGUUCUAGAAAAACAGAGUUCGAUUGCAAUAACGGAGAUGGGUUCUUAGCAUUGAAGAGAAUGAAGCUGCCAGAAACUGGGAGUUCAUUCGUAGACAAGAGCAUGAGUCUCAAGGACUGCGAGAUGACUUGCCGGAAAAACUGCUCCUGUACCGGUUACGCCAAUCCGGAGAUUACCUCCGACAAAGGUUGCAUCAUUUGGACCACCGAUCUCUUGGAUAUGAGAGAGUACGCAGAAGGAGAAGGUGGUCAAGACCUCUACAUUAGAGUUGCAGCUUCGGAAUUAGGUUCUGAAAAUGGUUCAAACAAGACAGUAAAAAUUAUCAAGGUCACUUGCAUUACAGUUGGUAGUGCUGUUCUGCUACUUGGACUGGGUAUCUGUUAUCUGUGGAAGAGGAAGAAAAUGAAGAUCAUGUGGAAUGGGAAGACAAGGCAAAGAGGUCUAAGUGAAAGAAGCCAUGAUUAUAUUUUAAAUGAAGCGGUUAUUCCUAGUAAGAGAGACUACACAGAUGAGGUUAAGACAGAUGAGCUAGAGCUGCCUCUGUUUGAUUUUGGAACCAUAGUGAUGGCUACAAACAACUUCUCUGACACUAAUAAACUGGGACAAGGGGGUUUCGGCUGCGUUUACAAGGGUAUGUUGUUAGAAGGUGAGGAAAUAGCAGUUAAGAGGCUUGCAAAGAAUUCUGGGCAAGGAAUAGAAGAAUUCAUGAACGAGGUUAGGUUAAUUGCAAGGCUUCAACACAGAAAUCUGGUACAACUCCUUGGUUGUUGUGUUGAGAUGGAAGAAAAGAUGCUGAUAUAUGAGUACAUGCAAAACAGAAGCCUGGAUUCAAUUUUAUUUGAUGAGGAGAAAAGCUCAUUGCUGGAUUGGGGUAGGCGAUUCAAUAUCAUUUGUGGGGUUGCUCGAGGGCUGCUUUAUCUUCAUCAAGAUUCUAGAUUUAGAAUCAUUCAUAGGGAUCUCAAAGCAAGCAACGUUCUACUUGAUGGGGAAAUGAACCCAAAAAUAUCAGAUUUUGGUAUGGCAAGAAUUUUUGGGCGAGAUCAGACUGAAGCAAACACUAAGAGAGUGGUUGGGACAUAUGGUUAUAUGUCCCCUGAAUACGCAAUGGAUGGGCUGUUCUCAGUGAAAUCUGAUGUCUUUAGUUUUGGUGUACUUGUUUUGGAGAUAAUCAGUGGUAAGAAGAACAGGGGAUUUUAUCAUUUGAACGACGAACACAACCUUCUUGGACAUGCAUGGAGGCUAUGGAGAGAAGGGAAGGGGUUGGAGCUAAUGGAUUCAUCAGUGAGCGAGUCAUGCGCCCCAUAUGAUGUGUUGAGAUGCAUCCAGGUUGGCCUCUUAUGUGUCCAAGAGCAUGCAGAAGAUAGACCAGUAAUGUCAUCUGUGGUCUUGAUGUUGAGUAGUGAAACUGCAACAUUGCCAUUGCCAAAGAACCCUGGGUUCUGCCUGGGAAGGAAACUUGUGGAAACAGAUUCAUCUUCAAGUAAGCAAGAAGAAACAUUCACUGUAAACCAAGUCACAGUUACAGUUAUGGACGCUCGGUAAUGAAAUACAUGUCCUCAUCUAGUGUCUUUGUAUAUCUCAGAAAGUAUUUUUGGCAAUUUCUGUUUAUAAUUUCCUUUUUGUCAUUUUGACAUCAAUUUUGAGAAUCACUACUUCUUUUUUAGUGUAAGAAGUCUAUUUUUCUGAUAAAAUUUGCAAAGGUCAAUGAAUAUAAGCUACUUCACAUUGUUAAAGUGUGAACUGAGUAUUCUAA